AUGGUGAGCCUGACUGUGGACGCCAACGCCUCGAGGCCACCAUCUGGAGUCGUCUCCCCCCGACACGUGAGGUCGAGGGCGCAAAGUAUCUCUAGUGACAAACCAUCAACUAUUGGAUAUGGUCUAGUCUCGCCACCCGUCUCCGUCUCCCCUCAGGCUGCUUUCAUUGCCUCCAGCGCUGCUUCGCAAAUCAUUACAAACGAUCAUGACAGUCACGCAGACGCCUGGUAUGACCAAAAUGGCAUUGACCCGGCGACAGAAACCGCAACGGUGUCGGCACCAGCUCUGCAGCUUGUCAACGGCUUUCUUGACCAGCUCCUAUUCCACUUCCUUCAAGUUUCCAAGUCCACCGCACUCUCUGCACUCCGCCCUGCCGUUAUCGAAGUCCUGAAACCGAAGCUGGGCAAAGACGCUGUCAGCAAUGCCGACGAAGAGUUGCGCGAAUACCUGGGCGGCGCAAACGAAGAAGAGUACGAACAGCUCCAAGAAGCAAUCUCACCCCGGAAUUGGGACGGAGAGCUUGCAUGGAAAAGAACAAGACUUCGGUGCAUGGUUUAUUCAUCGUUGGGGGACAUGGAAGAAGAGGACGAGGAUGUCUACAUGGAAGAGGAAAAUCUUGAGAUUGGAGCACACGAGCAAAUCUCCGACACCAUUUCUCCUGCCGUCGCCAUUUUCCUCACCUCCAUCAUCGAGUACAUGGGCGAGUUGACCCUGACGGUCGCCGGGCAAGCCGCAUAUCAACGAAUUCGAUCCAAGAUUGAAAAAGAGCUCAAAGAUGGCGUUCGCAACACCAGUGACCCCGCAGACCGCAUUGUGGUUACCGAGUUUGAUAUGGAGCGUGUUGCGCUUGACAGAACUUUGGGGCGCCUGUGGCGGGGAUGGAAGAAGAGAAUGAGAACUCCAACGACGGACAUUCCUGGAAGCCCAAAGGGACCGACGGCUCCAUUCAAGCCAGAACAAACGGCAUCUGGGCACGAUAUCCUUAGCCUUCCUGAGUCUGCUGCUAGCGACGACGGGAGUGAGCGUAGGAACUCACGGGAGCGUUUCGAAGGACCUAUCAUGGCGGAUGUACAACCUGCGGAUAUCCCCCUACCCGUCGGCGACAACGAUAUAGAUGAGAUUGAGGUUCCAGGCCUUGCGCACCAUAGCGGCGAGGAAGAUGACGACGAAAUGGACAAUGAGCCAGUCUUGAUCAGAAAACGUCCAAGGAGUCUUCUGAGCAGCUCGUCCAUGUUUGCGAAUGGACUACCGACACCAACCAAGUCACAACCGCAUACACCUGUUGUUGCCGCCAGACAACGUUCGAUGUCACUGCCCACCCCAAGAAUCCCUCACUUUUUCCCAAAGUUUCAAGGGCAGACGCCGGCAGCAUCUGCAGCAGAGUCCGAAGCGGAUAAGGACGCUUCAGCCGAGAUUGGAAUUGCAGUGACUACCAGGGACGAUGGUAGUAGUCUCUCACCGGCACAUGCCCAAUCUACCACUACCAGUGGCGCACCAGCUCCGAAAGACGUCGACGCACACAGUCAGAGCUCAGUAUCAGAAUAUGACGAUGCUGAGGAGGUUGCGUAUGAACAAGCUGAAAUCAUGACUACUGCGCGUGUCUCGAUGUCUAGCAGUGCUCAUUCCGUUGACUUUGAUAGCCAUGGCAGGGCGAGCUCUGUAAAGAGGUCGUCUAGUGUGCACUCCGCACGCAUCAUUGACGUACCCGCGCUGCGAAGUCCUGCACGCUCGAGGCCAUCCUCAAUGGAUGCCACGGAACGACCUCGUCCUGUGAGCUUGUCUGGCGUUGCCAGUGGACUUUCAAAGACGACAAUUCUAGACGACGGCUUGAAAGCCGCCAACAAUGAAACCCUGACUAAAACGGCGAAUGGUGUGCCGCUACAACGAUCAUCGCACGAGAGAAGAAAGCCUGCUGCCGGCAACCCAACGGCCAUCUCCGAGCUUGAGGAGGAGGCAUCUCAAAAUUUUGCACAGGGUGAAAGCCAGCUGGCCAGCUUGCCAGUUGCUGCGGAGAUGCCAGCAGCUGGCCACACGAGCUCGCCGUGGUCACAACGCAAAAAGAAGCUGCCAGUCGCUCCGAAUAUCCAGAUCCAAUCCUCCAAGUACGAGCACUCACCUGUACACGCUGGGACCGCUCCUUUGCCAGCAACGCCUGCGACGCCGGACAUUGAAACAAGGAAUGUACAGGAUCUGCCCAACAAGGCAACCGGCCACUCGGGUUGGAGUAGUCCCAAGCCUGAAACCAGAGGUCCUUUGGCGAUUGAGCGCACGAGAACUCGUGAAUCGGACGAACUCAGCCUGCCAACGCAGCAGCAAAACAAUUUCGGCUCUCGUCAAGGCAGUCAAGCCCACACCGCUGCUUCUUCGGUGUCAUCUGGAGCUUCCCGUCUUAAGCCAGUGCGGACUUCCGAGGACGGCUCUAGUCGCUCGGAGAGCGUAGCCCGCAAUUUUGAAGAGCUCAUUCAAAGCAAUCAGACCAUCACAUAUACCCUUACUCCUGAGAAUAUGCGUGACAUUGACGCAAAACGGUCUUUGGAUAGCCCAGUCGUUACAAAGUUUGCCCGUCGCAAGAGCGAAGAUUCCCGAGCUUAUCAAUAUUCGCCCAAGGUGUCGCCGGUCUUGACCCAAUCAGCCGCCGGCAAUUUACCCUCCCCUCGCCUGCCUCCAUCGCCUGCCAGUCCCAAGAUUAUGGACAGCAAGGCCAUCAAACCUGCUGGUCCAGCUACUCGAGUACCAACCACCUCGACAACGUCCACAGUCCGGGCCAGUGGAGCUACAGCCAGAGAGGCACGCGUCCCGCCAGACUCAACGUCCGAUUUUGCCGAAUUCAUCAAAUCGACGGGCCCGGCUGAUGGAACCCGAUCUUACACUGUGCCGAAACUUGGACCUCCUCCCGCAAGCUCCAACAAGGGGCAUCAGGAGGCGCAUCGACGUGCCUCUGCUACUGGCAGCGUCGGUCGCUCGCGCUACCAGCCUCGCGACGCGACUGUGGACAGCAGGACCGAUAACUCGGACCUCAUCGACUUCAUUCGACAAGGACCGCCCAUUGCCGCCAGCAAUCAUCGAAUCCCUCGUCAUGUAGCCCCUUUCCGCACUACAAUGGACUCGGAUCAGAUGUCUGGUGCUAUUGGUGGCAAGGCCAUAGACGCCAAUAUACCUGACAUUCGCAGUAGUCGAGCAUCCACAAAUGCGACGGAAAGCUCUAUGCCAUCGAUGCAGUCUUCUGUAAACUCCAGGUCAGCAUUGGUUAAGAACAGGGCCUCCAACAUUCCAAACCAAUUUUUUGACGAUGAUGAGAAUAUGAUGCCUAAGCGAAAAACAAGACGGGUCCGUGAUCCCUAUGCUAUUGACUUGAGUGAUGGAGAGGACGAAACAGACCAGGAUGACCACAUGUUGGACACACCUAGACUCCCAGCGAAGAAGGAGGAAAGCCUAGCAGAAUUCCUACGAAACUACGAGCCACCACCGGAGCCUGUGUCUGCAGCAGCUGCCAGAACGCCAAGAAAGAAGGCUAGUGCGCCAAGCUUGAUUGGAAGGUUAACUCGCGGCGGCAAGGACAAAGAGAAAGAUUCGGCAUCGACGACAGCCGCGUCAGAGGCACGGGCAGUAGUGAGCCGCGCCAGCAGUGGAAGAGGAUAUAUCCCCAUUCAGGUCAACAUACCGCCCGGAUACGACCAAUACGACCCAAUGAACGGCAAUGUCGGAGCUACCCAAGCCCGAGGAACGUUGACGGCCUCUGCCACUGCGGGUAGGGCCCCGAUGAAAAAGUUUGAACCGCGCGAGGCAGCAAGCAAGCGGAGCGAAACAGCGGAUUUGGCUGCCUUCUUGCGUGACUCGGCACCGCCAAUGAAUAAUUCACCCACGGCGAUUAAUGGGGCGCCGUCACAGCAAGAAGACAGUGGUGGGUUUACUAGAAUGUUUGGGCGCAGAAAGAAGCCCCUUGCCUUGUAA